UGCAGGUCACGCUAGACCGAUAUGUACUAAACCAGUGACUUCCCCUGAUUGAAGUUUUCUUUUCACACGUUAUAUCCUCGCAAAAAUGCUGGCUGACUGCUUAUUAAUUGUCUUUAUUUCUAUUUGUACGGCAUUGCUCGGAGAAGGUCUAACAUGGCUGCUCGUAUACAGGACUGAGAAAUAUAAGAAGUUGAAGGCAGAGGUAGAAAAGCAGAGUAAAAAAUUGGAAAAGCAGAAAGAAAAUGAGGCUACAGAAAGGAGUCAAAAGAAGAAAAUAGAACGCCAGGAAGAGCGACUGAAAAAUAAUAACCGUGAUCUCUCAAUGGUGAAAAUGAAGUCUAUGUUUGCCAUUGGUUUUGCAUUCACCAGUUUACUGAGCAUGUUUAAUUCAAUAUUUGAUGGCCGUGUGGUUGCCAAGCUGCCUUUCGUUCCAAUCUCGUUCAUUCAGGGCAUCUCUCAUCGAAACCUGGCAGGGGAAGACUACACCGACUGUUCCUUCAUUUUCCUCUAUAUUCUCUGCACCAUGUCCAUCCGCCAGAACAUCCAGAAGCUCUUAGGUCUGGCUCCGUCUCGUGCUGCCAGUAAACAUGGAGGUGGAUUCUUUACCCCACCCACUUCUAUGACCAAAUAAGCACAUUGGGCUGAACAUUUGGUGAAAAACCCAAGCCAAAUUAAUUGCGCGGUGAGACGAAUUGUGGUGCAAAAUAUUGAAAAUAUUAUUCAAUCUGAAGAAAAUUGAUAUCAUUAUGAUAGAAAUGAAAUUUUAUUAA